AUGUCCUUGGGAAGGAUAACUUUGAGAGCUAAGCUCUCCACCUUACCCACUGCCGGUUGCUACUCAGUCAUUCCAAAAAAGCCAAUUUCACUGCCGCUGCAGAGGGUAUCAACCUACACCUCCAAGAGCUCAGGAGUCUCCGAAGCAAACCAUACUCCGCUUGCAAUUCUGGUAGGGAUCGCCACUACCAUCGCAAUCGGUUCAGUUGUUGUUUCUAGGAAUAGGAAAGAGAAACCAAGGGAGAUAUUUACCAUAAAAUCCAACACCGGUGUCGAUCUCUUCGCGGAGACAUCGGCUGAUUACUCCAAACUUCCUAAAGAGACUGCAGUUUUCACGGCUGCACCACACGUCCCACCACCAAUUACGAGGGAUUACCCGGUGCUCCUCCAGGUGCCGUUAACCACAAGCACGAAAACGACUCAACUAUCCAAUCAGUACAAGUAUGAGCAAUGGACCUUCAACGGCACUGUGCCUGGACCAUUUAUACGGGCUCGAGUGGGGGAUGUAGUGGAACUAACACUGACCAACCACGAUGUGACGGGCAACCCGCAUAACAUCGAUUGUCAUGCAUUCACGGGGCCAGGAGGAGGUGCAGCACUUACAACUGCUGAGGAGAAGGAGAGCAAGACGGGGCUGUUUAAAUUGUUGCAUCCAGGCCUCUAUGUGUAUCAUUGUGCUGCAGCGCCAGUCCCGGUGCACAUUGCCAACGGUAUGUAUGGGCUGAUAUAUGUACAACCAGAGGACGGAGACCUGCCCCCAGUCGACCGCGAGUACUAUGUGAUGCAGAGUGAGUUCUACCACGAACCCCCCGAAGUGUUAGAGAACGGCAAACGUUCCUCGACCGUGGAAUUCUCGUACCCUAAUGCACUUGAGGAGAACCCAAGCCUUGUGGUUUUCAAUGGCAGCGAGUCUGCGUUGACUCGAGACCAGCCCUUAAAAGCGAAGAGCGGAGAGACGGUGCGCAUAUUCUUCGGGAAUGCGGGCCCAAACCUGACCAGCGCCUUUCAUGUCAUCGGCACUACAUUCUCGAAGCUAUACCGCGACGGUGACGUGGUCAGUCCGCCUGCUAACUGGGUUCCCACUACCAGUGUUCCUCCAGGCGGCUCUACCAUAGUGGACCUGAAGCUGGUUGUCCCUGGAACAUACACCCUGGUGGAUCAUGCAAUCUUCCGUUUGGACAAAGGCGCUGUUGGCUAUCUGAACGUUUCGGGGAAGCAACGGCCGGAUGUUUACCAGAGUACUCUGCCGCCUGCUCCCUGUGUUGGGUGCAAGCUACACCCGUGA